UAAUAGCAAUAUAAAGGAUUUUCUUAUAACCUUGAAAACUGUCUCCAGCUAACUUGCAGUAGAAGUGAAGGUGGGAACUUUACAUCUACCUUGAGGAAAGAACUUCAACCUUUUUUUUUUUUUUUUUUUUUAAAUGCCAUUAAGCCAUUAAAUUAUAAGGCCAUUUAAAAAAGUUGACCAUAUAAAAAGGUGCACAUCUUCAUCUACCUAAGCAAGAAGUAACAAUAUCCAUCCCUCAUGCAUGCAAUAAAACAAGGCAAAUUUUUUUUAAUAGUAUUAUUGCAGCCCUUUGUUUUAUGUCAAUUUUUAACAUUAUAGAAAUGCUAAAUUAUGUAUUUGCCUAAAAAAAGUUGAAAGUGACAACGUGGUUCAUAGCAGGACUUUGGUCUCAAAGUCAGGAGGUCUGGGUUCUAUCCCUGGCCUUGCAGUCCACUGUAUGACACCAGCCAGGUCACUUCCACUUUCUGUGCUUCUCUUCCUCUCCUGCCUGAUAACUGAGAUUUUCUUUCACCGGGAUGCUGGGGUCUAGGGCACAAAGGGAGCUGGAUCUUGGGCACUAUCCCAGCACUUACUGCAAAGCGAUAGAAGGUAUUGUAGUGAUCGUAACGCUGCUGCGUGAGUCUUGGCUGACUUCUCAUGCUUUUACAAAAAGUGUUGGAUGUGCAGUUUUAGCAAUGUGGUAAUGUGGGAUAUUGAUAUGGGGUUAAAGAAACAAGUUUACCUUCUAAUCUCCUUUAGCUGUGGAAAGUCCUGGAAUGCUCCUGCCCUGUGUACCAGCACCUUGUUGUGAUUUCGGGUGGGGGCAUGUAGAAAUACUAAAACCAAUUUGGAAUGUCUUGGGUAUGAAGGAGUUGAUGUUGUCUAGCUGUAUUUAAUUAUGGCACCAGUUGCUUAUUGAUUAGCUGCUUGAGUCUUGGUUCUGCCUCUAUUGCAGCCGAAAUGUCUUGACUGCUUUGGGGAGAUAAUUCUGUGGCACAAGUAUCAGAUACUUCAGAUUUUUUUCUCAUUUGUGAUCUGCAUGAGCAGCAUUCUGGGACUAUUCUGCUAGCCCAAAAAUAUUUGGGGAGGAGUGGGAGGACAAAUUAGUUUCAUGUAGCUUGUCUUGUUUCUUCUGUUCUCUUCAUGCUCUCUCCCACCCUCUCUUUAAUGCAUCUUUUAAAUAUACCCCUACUCCUUGGCUGCGUAGCUGCCACGGUGCCUGAGCAACGGACAGUGACGCUUGAUGUGGAUGUGAAUAACCGCACUGACCGUUUGGAGUGGUGCAGUUGUUAUUACCAUGGCAAUUUCUCCCUGAAUGCUGCCUUUGAAAUCAAGUUACACUGGAUGGCAGUGACUGCAGCUGUUCUUUUUGAGAUGGUUCAGGGUUGGCAUCGGAAAGCCACAUCCUGUGGUUUCUUGCUAGUUCCAGUCUUGGAAGGCCCAUUUGCGUUGCCCAGUUACUUGUACGGAGACCCACUUCGAGCUCAGUUGUUCAUCCCACUCAACGUUAGCUGCUUGUUGAAGGAGGGUAGUGAGCAUUUGUUUGAUGGCUUUGAACCAGAAACAUACUGGGACCGUAUGCAUCUUCUCCAGGAAGCAAUAGCAUACAGAUUUGGAUUUGUGCAAGAUAAAUACUCGGCCUCUGCAUUCAACUUCCCAGCUGAGAACAAGCCCCAGUAUAUCCAUGUCACAGGGACAGUGUUUUUGCAGCUACCAUAUUCCAAGCGGAAAUUUUCUUGUGGGCAGCAGCGACGCCGGCGCAACUCCACUAGCUCCACCAACCAGAACAUGUUUUGUGAAGAGCGCAUUGGCUACAACUGGGCCUACAACACCAUGCUGACAAAAACGUGGCGGUCCAGUGCCACCGGGGAUGAGAAGUUUGCUGAUCGGUUGUUGAAAGACUUUACAGACUUUUGCUGGAACAAAGACAGCCGGCUUGUUUUGUUCUGGACUGAUUGCCUAGAUAAGAUGCAUGCUAGUGCCCCAUGAAAUAGGGUUGUAUCUCUUAGGGAGAUGGCUAGAAGCUUUACCUUGUGGCAAGGAAGUAGAGGUGAAGGAUGACUGGAAAAGAGCCUCUCUGAUGGAUUCAUCUUGAAGCUCCAAGAGGACCUGAUCAAUGUUGCUGUUGAUAUUCAACAGAAUUUGAUUAAGCCCUUGGAAAAUGAAUCUGAGCUCUUGGCUUGCCAAUAUCUAUCACCUGGCCUCAGCCUGGUUUCAGGUAGCUGCAGUCCUUCAUUGCCAAAACUUCAGUUAGAGCAGAGGCAAAGGAGGGAGUGUUAGAUUCUGUGCAGGGUGUGAUGGUAGCAGCUUACUGUCAUUGGAAGUGAUUGGUGCCGUUUGCU